GUCACCAGGCAUCAGGUCAUUUGGCUCGACAGCGGGCACCGCGUCAUCUGGCAAGGCAGUGGGCUCCAAGUCAACAGGCACGACAGUGGGCACCGGGUCAUCAGGUAUCGGAUUGUCUGGCUCGACAGCGGGCAUCGGGUCACCAGGUAUGACAGCGGGCACUGGGUCACCAGGCAUCAGGUCAUUUGGCUCGCCAGCGGGCACCGCGUCAUCUGGCAAGGCAGUGGGCACCGAGUCACCAGGUACGACAGCGGGCUCUGGGUCAAUUGGCACGACAGCGGGCACCGGAUCAGGUACCGGAUCAUCUGGAUCAACAGCGGGCAUCGAGUCAACUGGCCCAAUAGGAUCGUCAGGCUGGAUCAGUUCAUCAUGCUGGGUAGAGGCAUCAGGCUGAAUGCCGGCGUCCGGCUGAGUAGAGGCUUCAGGCUGAGUAGAGGCUUCAGGCCGAGUAGAGGCUUCAGGCCGAAUACGGGCUUCAGGCCGAGCAGAGGCACCAGGCUGAAUAGAGGCAUCAGGCCGAGCAGAGGCCUCAGGCCGAGCAGAGGCUUC